AAGAAGAAUCAGGAAGUAGUUCUGGUCCUCUGAGUCGGGGGCGUGGUUGGCCUGAUGUUUCUAAUGACAGCGCUCUUGUUUUCUUGUUUUGCUAGUUUAGUUUGAGGCUAAUAGCUUGCUGCCAAACAGUUUUUAUUAUAAUGGUUGUAGUGGUGUUUACCGGAUGAAGCAUACACUGUGGUGUAACCUUACUACUCGUUAACUAUAACUUCUGUUUAUUUGUACUGUUGUUUGUUUCGUGGUCCGAAGCUAAAUAGCUAGCUGGUCAGUGCGAGCUAUGAAGCUAGUGUUUUUAGCUAACUGUUAUCGGAAGAACAUAAUCCUCUAAAGGAAUCAAAGAGGAUUUUAGUUUUAUUCAGAUACCAGGAAAAGACACUUGAAUUAGCAGGGGAUCAGAAACAGCUCCUGCGUCAGAGGACUUGCAUGUACGAUGGCGUGAAGUGUGGAUGUUGCUUCAGAUUGAGAGUGGUCCUCAUGAGUGAUUCAGCUGGAUGAGUUUGCAACAAUGUCCUGUAAAUCAACCAAAGUAGCCCCUAGUGUUGAUUUCGACCACAGUUGCUCCGACAGCGUGGAAUAUCUGACGCUUAACUUUGGCCCCUUUGAGACAGUUCAUCGAUGGAGAAGACUCCCUCCGUGUGACGAGUUUGUUGGUGCAAGGCGCAGCAAGCAUACUGUUGUGGCGUACAGGGAUGCCAUUUACGUGUUUGGUGGAGACAAUGGGAAGAACAUGUUGAACGACCUGCUACGAUUUGAUGUGAAGGACUGCUCGUGGUGUCGGGCCUUCACCACCGGAACUCCACCUGCUCCCAGAUAUCAUCAUUCAGCUGUUGUGUACGGCAGCAGCAUGUUUGUUUUUGGUGGCUACACUGGAGACAUCUACUCAAACUCUAACCUGAAAAAUAAAAAUGAUCUGUUUGAGUACAAGUUUGCAACGGGACAGUGGACUGAAUGGAAAGUGGAAGGGAGCUUGCCAGUGGCCAGGUCUGCACAUGGGGCCACAGUCUACAGUGAUAAACUGUGGAUAUUUGCUGGUUAUGAUGGCAAUGCCAGGCUGAAUGACAUGUGGACCAUCAGUCUGCAGGACAGAGAACAUGCGUGUUGGGAGGAGAUCGACCAGAGUGGCGAGAUUCCUCCAUCUUGCUGUAACUUUCCUGUAGCUGUAUGCAGGGACAAGAUGUUCGUGUUUUCUGGUCAGAGUGGAGCCAAGAUCACCAACAACCUCUUCCAGUUUGAGUUCAAGGGCCACAUGUGGACACGCAUCCCAACGGAACACCUCCUGCGGGGCUCACCCCCACCUCCUCAGAGACGCUACGGCCACACAAUGGUUGCAUUUGACCGCCACCUGUAUGUAGUUGGAGGUGCUGCAGACAACACUCUGCCUAACGAGCUGCAUUGCUACGAUGUGGACUCUCAGACCUGGGAGGUGAUCCACCCCAGCAUGGAUAGCGAGGUAGAAACAUCACGUAUUCACAAAAACUGUGUCAGUGGACAAUGCAAGUGGUCUUUAACGUCACAGAUCCCAAAUAUGCCAAGUGGGAGACUCUUCCAUGCUGCUGCUGUUAUUCAGGAUGCCAUGUACAUCUUUGGAGGGACUGUAGACAACAAUGUGCGCAGUGGGGAGAUGUACAGGUUUCAGUUUUCAUGCUACCCAAAGUGUACUCUCCAUGAGGACUAUGGCAAACUAUUUGAGAACCGUCAGUUCUGUGAUGUGGAGUUUAUUCUGGGAGAAAGGGAGGAGAAAGUCAUGGGGCAUAUCGCCAUAGUGACUGCAAGAUGUCAGUGGCUGCGUAAGAAAAUCCUGCAGGCUUGGGAUAGGCAGCGGCAGAAGACGAAACAAGAGAGCGGUGAGGAAAGUGAUGAUGGAGCGGCUGGAGGCCAGAGGGAUAUCCCAGCAGGCCAUAGGCCAUCAGGCACUCAGCUGAUGCUAGAGGUAGCCAUCAGGGAAGCAGAGGCCCAGCCUUUUGAAGUCCUAAUGCAGUUCCUCUACACAGACCAUAUCCAGUAUCCACGCAGAGGUCAUGUGCAGGAUGUUCUUCUUAUCAUGGAUGUUUACAAGCUGGCACUUAGUUUUAAGCUGUCCCGCUUGGAGCAGCUGUGUGUGCAGUACAUCGAGGCAUCUGUGGACCUGCAGAACGUCCUCAGUGUUUGUGAAAAUGCAAACAAGCUGCAACUGGACCAGCUAAAGGAACAUUGCCUUAACUUUGUGGUGAAGGAGUCCCACUUCAACCAGGUGAUAAUGACCAAAGAGUUUGAGCACCUUUCCACUCCACUUAUAGUGGAGAUUGUGCGACGGAAGCAGCAGCCUCCUCCCAGGCUGUACUCAGACCAGCCUGUGGACAUCGGGACCUCACUGGUCCAGGACAUGAAGGCUUACCUGGAGGGGGGCGGCCUAGAGUUCUGUGACAUUAUCCUGCUGUUAGACGGACACCCACGACCUGCUCACAAAGCCAUAUUGGCAGCACGAUCUAGUUACUUCGAGGCAAUGUUUCGCUCCUUCAUGCCCGAGGAUGGUCAGGUUAAUAUCUCCAUCGGUGAGAUGGUUCCAAGUAAGCAGGCCUUUGAGUCCAUGCUGCGUUACAUCUACUACGGUGAUGUCAACAUGCCUCCAGAGGAUUCUCUCUAUCUGUUUGCUGCACCAUACUACUACGGCUUUUCAAACAACAGGCUGCAAGCUUACUGUAAGCAGAAUCUGGAGAUGAAUGUCACUGUGGAGAAUGUCUUGCAGAUCCUGGAGGCAGCUGAUAAGACUCAGGCUCUGGACAUGAAGAAGCACUGCCUACACAUUAUUGUCCACCAGUUUAUCAAGGUAUCCAAGCUCCCCAACCUGCGGUCUCUCAGCCAGCUGCUGCUGUUGGACAUCAUUGAGUCUCUAGCUACACACAUAUCAGACAAACAGUGUGCUGAGAUGGGCUCGGACAUUUAGGACCAUGGCAAAGCUGGCCUCCUCUUUUUUUCUCCUCACAAAAAAGCCAUACAACUUACCUCCUUCUUCUCAGUCCUUCCCUCCUCAAAGACACAGUGCUUUGCUGUAUUGUAUAUUUCAAAACCCUGAUUGAUGCUUUUUUUAUACAUGCAAUAUCAAAUUGUUCUCUCACUCUGUUUCAAAGAGGCGUGAAAUCAGAGAAGAAACCAGUUUCUAGCUCAGUCAAAACUGUCAACUGUUAUAAAACUCCCUUUUAUUUGUAGUUUAUAUCUAUUUAUUUUAUUCCAUUGAGGAAAAUGUCUUCAAUGCUUAAUUAGCUCUGUGUUACCACUCCAUGUUUUUAUAAAUGUGGACUCAGUGGACUGUGAUAAUUCAUACUCAUGACACUACAGAAAUGAGUUCAAGUGUUGCCCUCAGCUGUUGUAUGUAUUUACCUGCUCAGAUAUGUAAUCACAGUAAACUGUCGAAUGAGUUUUGUCAAGAUCUGUGUUCAUCUCUUGUAUUAUGCUAAGGUCUGACAAAUGACAUUAAUCUGAAUUGGAUGUUGCAAGGAAUAAAAAUCAUUAUUUGAAAGUAAAAUAAAUGUAUGUCCUAACAGCUGUUUGUUUUGUUUACUGUUAGUAAAAACAACGCACAUCUUUGUCAUGCUAAACAUCGUUUCUAACAGACAGGCUACAUGUAUCCUCAUGUAGAGCAAUGUCUACUUAGUGACAUCAGUAUGCUGUUAUCAAAUAUUUACCCUUUAUGUAUUUAAAGCCUUAAUAAAUCUUCUACAAAACUA